CCAGCAGCAAACCCUCACCAGACACUCACCCUUUCUCUUUUUGUGUCUAACUUUUUUGUUCUUCAAGGGUUCGGGUGAUAAUGGCUGGAACUGGAGUGUUUUCACAGAUUUUGGAUGGAGAAGUAUACAAGUAUUACUCUGAUGGAGAGUGGAAGAAGUCUUCUUCUGGGAAAAGUGUUGCUAUUAUCAAUCCAACCACCAGAAAAACUCAGUACAAGGUUCAAGCCUGUACACAAGAAGAGGUGAACAAGGUAAUGGAAUCAGCAAAGAUUGCACAAAAAUCAUGGGCAAAGACUCCGUUAUGGAAGCGAGCAGAGCUCCUUCACAAGGCUGCUGCCAUCCUAAAGAAGCAUAAAGCACCAAUUGCUGAGUGUCUAGUUAAGGAAAUUGCCAAACCAGCCAAGGAUGCUGUUACAGAGGUUGUGAGGUCUGGGGAUCUAGUAUCUUACACUGCUGAAGAAGGGGUUAGGAUUCUGGGAGAAGGGAAAUUCCUGGUUUCUGAUAGCUUUGCUGGAAAUGAGAGGACUAAGUACUGCCUUAUCUCCAAGAUUCCACUUGGGGUGGUUUUAGCCAUUCCACCAUUCAACUAUCCUGUGAACCUUGCUGUUUCAAAAAUUGGCCCAGCAUUGGUAGCCGGAAACUCCCUUGUACUCAAGCCACCAACACAGGGUGCUGUUGCUGCUCUUCAUAUGGCGCAUUGCUUUCAUUUAGCUGGUUUUCCAAAAGGCCUUAUUAGCUGUGUCACUGGAAAAGGUUCAGAGAUUGGUGACUUCCUCACCAUGCAUUCUGGUGUAAACUGUAUAAGCUUCACCGGUGGAGACACUGGAAUUGCAAUCUCAAAAAAGGCAGGAAUGAUCCCUCUUCAGAUGGAAUUGGGAGGAAAAGAUGCUUGUAUUGUGCUUGAGGAUGCUGACUUAGAUUUGGUUGCAGCAAACAUAGUAAAAGGUGGAUUUUCUUACAGUGGACAAAGAUGUACUGCUGUUAAGGUUGUGUUGGUAAUGGAAUCUGUUGCGGAUGCUGUGAUUAAGAAGGUUAAGGCCAAAGUGGCAAAGUUAACAGUUGGUCCGCCUGAGGAUGACUGUGAUAUCACUCCAGUGGUGUCAGAAUCCUCUGCAAAUUUCAUUGAAGGAUUAGUUAUGGAUGCUAAACAGAAAGGAGCAACAUUCUGUCAGGAGUAUAAAAGAGAAGGCAACCUGAUUUGGCCAUUGUUGCUAGACAAUGUUAGACCUGACAUGAGAAUUGCUUGGGAAGAACCAUUUGGACCAGUCUUACCUGUCAUAAGGAUCAAUUCUCCCGAAGAAGGAAUCCACCAUUGCAAUGCUAGCAACUUUGGACUCCAGGGCUGUGUUUUCACUAAGGACAUUAACAAGGCUGUGCUGAUAAGUGAUGCAAUGGAGACAGGAACUGUUCAGAUCAACUCCGCGCCAGCACGUGGACCAGAUCAUUUCCCGUUUCAGGGUUUGAAGGACAGUGGAAUAGGGUCACAAGGCAUUACCAACAGCAUUAACAUGAUGACCAAGAUCAAGAGCACUGUUAUCAAUUUACCCUCCUCAUCUUACACCAUGGGUUAGUAUUAUUACUUUCAGGAGAAAUAUAUAACCCAAUUAGUAGUUACAUAAGAAAAUUUCCAAGUGAAUGUUGUUGCUAUUCAUCUUCUGUGUAUGGUGAAGGAUGAAUUAAGCAAACAAUGAAUCAAAUGAGAUGUAUUAUUCAUUAAUUAGUUCCAGUUAUAAAAUCGGUAUUGAUCU